UUUUAGUGUAAAAGUCCCUGUGAUUUGAUGUUUGAAUGGAGAUAUAUUAAACAUAAUGGCAGAAACAUUGCAAAGAAAUACAAUUAGAAUUGCAUUAAUUGGGAAGACUGGAGCAGGGAAAAGUGCCCUAGGAAAUACCAUACUUGGGAAACUUGCAUUCAAAUCUAUCACUGGCAGUGAAUCAGUAACCUAUGUUUGCAAGAUGGAAUCAGCUGAACUUCAAGAUGGCGAAUUUGUCCAAGUUGUAGAUACACCCGGAAUCAUGGAUACAUCAAAUCUUAACGCGGUGAAUGAGGUAACAAAAUCAAUUGCAUAUUUAUCUCCAGGCCCACAUGCGUUUUUAUUAGUAUUACAACCAAACAGGGCUACAACAGAAGAAAUAAAUUCGCUAACGGAGUUAACAAAUCUGUUUGGAGAUGAUUCAUACUUGCAAAACACAAUAAUAGUAAUGGUACGUCGAAAUGAAAUUGAAAACGAAGAUGGAAGCCUUAUGGGUAUCCAUGCAUUUAUUGAAACUAGAUCCUGCGAUGCAGUAAAAGACCUGUACAUCAAGUGUGGGAAACGAAUCAUUGCAGUUGACAACAAAGAAAGAGACGAGGAAAUAAAAGAAAAGUUUAGGAAGGAUUUAGUAGAUAUGAUUAAGAAAUUCAGCGGAUAUUAUUCACACGAAUAUUUUAAAAUGGUUAUAAAGUAUAAAGAACUCGUCAACGUCAUGGCCAAACAACGGGAAAAGCAAACUAGGGAGAUUGACCUAGUUAAGGCGACAUACAAUUUAGAACGGCUAAAAAUAGAUCAACGGAAGAAAUUGCUUCGACAAGAGAAAGAAGAACGCGAAAAGAUCGAAACAGAAGAGUUAAACAGAAAAUUUGAAAGGACAAUACAAAUAUUAGAGGAACAGAUAAAAGAGAAAAAUAAAAAAAGCUGUGUCAUAUCAUAA